AUGAAUAUCACAGAACGUCAGGACACCUACCUCAUCAGUAAUGAUGAUGAUGAUGAUGAUGAUGAUGAUGACCGCUACCAUCCAUUGAGCUUUAGAAAGAUGAACAAGCUGAGGUUCGGGGCUGAGGCUGGAGAACUGGAGAUGACAAAACUGGACUUGAAACCGGGGACAACCUUGAAGAUCAAGGGCAGGAUCGCGGAUGAAGCUGACGGCUUUGUGAUUAACCUGGGCCAUGGGACAGAUAAGCUGGGCCUGCAUUUUAACCCACGCUUCAAGGAAUCCACCAUCGUCUGCAACACCCGGGACGGCAACUGGGGGAAAGAGCAUCGGGACAGUCACUUGUGCUUCAGCCCCGGGUCAGAGACCAAGGUGACCGUGGCCUUUCACAGUGAUGAGUUCAAGGUGGAGCUCCCAGAUGGGUACGAGUUGACCUUUCCCAACCGGCUGGGCUACAGCCACCUGAGCUACCUGUGUGUGAAGGGGGGGCUCCAGGUCUCCUCUCUCAAGCUCAACUGA